UCCGUUUUAAUUGAAAUGUCACGACUAGUCUUCCUGGGCGUCUUUUCCUUGACCCAACCAAACAGUUCUGAGGACACCAUCGGCGACUUGAAGAAGCUCAUCUCUGCGCAGACUGGAACCAGGUGGGACAAGAUUGUGCUGAAGAAAUGGUAUACGAUAUUCAAGGACCAUGUGUCAUUAGGGGACUAUGAAAUCCACGAUGGGAUGAACUUGGAGUUGUAUUACCAGUAGACCUACAAGAACCGCUGUUGGGUAUCGCUUUCCUUUCACCGACCGGACAGACUACAAAUGCUGGAGUCCGAGUGUGUCGCUUUAUACUUGAUAAUAUUGGAAUUUGGGCUGCAUUUUUUUCUUCACGUUUUUCCUCCCUGCUAGUAAAUGACCAUGUUGUAGCCCCUGCAACUCUCUUCAUUUUGAUUUUCUUUUAAAAUAAAAUCUGAUAAAUAA